AUGGUACACUUCCUCCGCGGUGAACGACCUUUCUCUUCGGUGCAUCACCUCUUCAAAAUGUUUCUUUCGUCACAUCAGUCCAAGCAUACGGACGAGGCGAACGACGUGACUGAGGACAUGGACGAACCCCCGGAUCACCGAUUCCUUGAUACGUCCCCGACCAUGGACGAUGGCAUCGUCUACAUGAAGUCCCCGACAAGCAUGACUGAUCGAAAUGAAUCCCUCCUCACGCGUGCUCUCAAGAGCAGCCCCGUUGGCAGCCCUACCGACCAACCUACCUUAUCCCAUGACCAGACAUUCUACCGCCAAUAUUCGUACGGCAACAUCAGCGGUAUCUCAACUGCUGAAUUGACCAGUGAUGGUGGCUUAACAAGCCCUUCAUUAUCUCACACUUCGAGUCCGCCACUUCCCUCUCAGAUGCCCGCCAGACCUCCCCUGGCCACCCACAACAGUGGCAAGGAAGCCGGUGCUGAUGGUACUGGUGAGUCUGCCAUUGAAGCAAAUCUUGGGCGUAAGAGGUGCAUCAGCUUUGCGUGUGGGCGAAAAACGGAAGAACCUAAGCCACAGGUGCAAACGCCACGCAGGGCGUCUCCCGCCAAAGACAAUGAGCCGACCGCAACGGAGCCAAAACGGAAGACAACACUCACGUUUGUGUGUCCUGCAAGAGCUCCCGAGUCCAAGCGAGAACGAUCUCCCGUUCGGAGAGGUUCCCUACAGAAUCGCCCUCGUGGAUCCCCUGCUCCUUGUGCACGCAAGGCGUCCUCCGAAAAGAAACCUUCCCCAAAAAUUACCGUUCCCCAUCAGCAGAAGCCCGCGUCCCCGGAGCUUAAGGUGCCUUCUGACCCUAGAGGAGUCCCAAUGAAAGGUUUGGGAAAAUUCGAAGAUUCGGAGGCGACACGAUUUCAUGAGUUUGGAAGUUCCUUCGAAGAGGACGCCGAGUGGGUCAAUAGGGCCGCCGACUACAAAGAGAAAAUCACCUUGAACGACUGCAUGAGGAAGGAGAACGCCAUCAGGAAGCUUGCUGAGGAGGCGGAAGAAGAGGCUUUGGACGAAGAGGACGAUGACGCCGAUCUUCCAGACGACUCUUCUACCCUGCAUGACUUCUCAUCCGACGAGGAUGAUGGAAACGAGUCUGACAACGAAGCCGGCUUUGCGGAUUCCGACGACAGCGACGGGCCGUCCGAGUACGAAUUCUGGGCCCCUGGUAGUACGACCGCUGCCACCAGUCCUCUCGAACCUCCUCGCUUUACCUUCAGCCGCAGGGACUCAGCAAUGUCUUUUGACUCGAUGACUGAAGAUUACCCACGUCGAAACUGGCCCCCAACUCUCGCUGGAAAGAGUGCUGGUCGGCCAAUCAAGAUUCCCCGAAUGCGCCCCGGAACUCCCGAUUUGCCUGACAGUACCGAUUUUGUAUGUGGAACACUGGACGAGGACCGACCGUUGGAAGCCGCCUACAAAUCUUGCCUCGAGCAACGUCGUCUUUCCAAGCAAGUUGUUAUUCCCCAAGACAUCGACCCAAGCUUUCCUACUUCCGACGUUGAAGAUGACGAUGCCGAGGAAGAGGAGGUAGACGCAUCUGUCCCUGAUGACGGACCUCGCGGGCGAUCGGGAGGCGAACAAUCCCGGAAGCCUUCUCCUCACCCCUCGCCGAAACGAAUGGUUUCACCACCGCCUCGUCGACACGGUAAAGCGUCUCCCAAGCGCCUUCGCUCGCCGCCCCCCCCAAUUAAGCUCAGGUCAUCUGGAAAAGAUGAGAGCUCGAAGAACGGGCCACCCACCGUGAAGCAUGGUCUGAACAUCAGCGAGCUGGUCCAACGCCCAACGUUGACUCGGACAAAAUCUUUGCCUCGCACACCCAAUCCAUUCUUCGCCACGGAAAAUUCUCACCAGUGGUCCGGCAUUCUCCCUAUUCAAGAGUCGCAUGAGCGCGAUUCAUCACGCACUCGUGAUACUUACACCCGAGGACCUGUCGAUAUUGUCGAGGGUCUUGAAAAGAAGCGCCAGAAGAGAAAAGAAAAGUUCUGGCGCCAGCACUGCCGCAAAGCUGCCAAGGAGCAGACUCAACGGCGGCCCAUCCCCGGAAAAGGCGCUGAACGCAUGAAGGAGCUCGGCCUCGAAGUUGCUGAGAGGACGAGGGCCUUUGGCGUCGGCGAAAGCACACAGCUUGUCCUUUCCGUUUAG